AUGAGUACGAAGGCCCAAAAGGCCCAAGAGGCCAACGAAGAUGCACUGGAGAACGAACUGGAGAAUGCAGGGAUCAUCGAGCCGCCAGAUGGGGGGUACGGAUGGGUCGUAGUCUUCGCUUCUUUCUUGGCCAACAUGAUUGUGGAUGGGGUAAUCUUCUCGAUUAGUGAGACGAUUGUGCCUUUAUGGGAAAAGGAGUUUAACACUACCACUUCCAUGGCUACAGUAUCGCCGUCCCUGUUAGCAGGGUGUUAUCUUUUGUCGGGUAAGUCUUCCACUGUAGUUUUUUCCAUUAAGUUCAUGUUUAUAAAUUUAGGUCCCUUGGCCAGUGCACUCGCCAAUCAAUAUGGUUGUGAUAAAGUGGCAAUCCUUGGUGCCAUUAUUGCUUCUGCCGGGUUCUUGGUCAGUGUGAUGGUACCCGCACUACCAGUUCUCUACUUUACCUUCGGAAUUGUGGGAGGUAUCGGAUACGGGUUGAUCUUCUUGCCGGCUGUCGUCAUUGUAGGCCAAUACUUUUCUGAAAGACGAGCUCUGGCCACGGGUGUUGCAGUUUGCGGGUCAGGAAUUGGCACAUCACUACUUAGUUAUGUAAGUUACUAUCUAUUAUUAGAUAAGCGUUUAGAUUAAUCCAAUUGUUCUUGCGGCCGUUAACAACAACUGGAGGUUCUUUCUUGUUUUCAUUGCCGGUAUUACUCUCUUAACAGUCGUGUUUGGAUGGUUCUUUAAACCUCUUACCCCAUCCACUCAACAACUCGAAAAAGUAGGUGUCGUGAUGGGAUGACAAUGAAAUAACAGGUUACAGAGAUCACAGAGACAUAUAUUGGGAGACAUGCUGAGGAAUUCCACGAACCGGAGACCACUAACAGUCCCCAUGUUGCUCACGGCGUUGCCAUUGAGAGGUUUAAGAGUCCCAGUCUCUCUCAAAGUAGCAGACAUCUGGGAGAGAAUCGGCCUUUCCUCUCAACAAUUGAACUCCAUGCGCUCAAAACGGGAGUAAGUCGAUUGAAUUCACAAUUUCACUCAAAUUAAGGAAAAGAGCGCCCUCUCCCAUCACGACCUUGCAUCAGCUGUAUCAAAGGCUAGUAUGGCUGACCUGAACAGACCCCUGUCCAAGAUGGAUAUCUUUUAUCCGGGGUCAACUGCAAAGUUGGCUGAAAGGAAUGGAAGUUCUACUUCCAGAGUACGGUCAGUCACGACAAAUGUGGAGGCCAACCCCAACAAAUCAUCAUUGUACUUGAGUAAUAUUGGACUUCCAACUGCUGAAGAUUACAUUGACGAUAACAAGGGAUCAUGGCAUCGGGGAAUCUUUAGUGUAGGUUCCACCCUUCUCUUAUACGAUUGCAUUUCAGCCCCUUAAAUCAAUGUUGGAUACAGCUCUCUUGCGUUCCCCCAGUUUUCUUAUUUUGGCGAUUGGUGGUUUCCUGACAUUGGCCUGUUUCUUUGUCCCUUUCAUGUUCAUUGGCCAAUUGGCAAAGACAAAUGGAGUCUCUCCAGAGCAGACCAAGUACUUGGUUGUGAUCCUUGGUCUUGUUAAUCUAGUCGCUCGUGUCCUUUGCGGUCUUAUUUCCGAUCAUCCAAAAGUAGAUCCCUUGGUUGUGUCCAAUUGGGCCUUGAUUAUUGGUGGAAUUGCGACUAUUCUAGUGCCAUUUGCAGAUUCCUUCUUCCUGUUUGCACUGUACUGUUUUCCUUUUGCUUUCGGAGUCGGUAAGUCUUGAGAUGGGGAAGAAACAAAUUACGGAAGAAGAUUAUAUUGGAAUUAAAUUGAUAUGUCGGGAAGAAGAAGUACAAAUAUUGAUUCCAGCAUGCUUCGCGGCACUUCGUUCGGUGAUUUGUGUCGAGUUGCUUGGGGUCGAGAAGUUAACCAAUGCCUACGGGAUUCUGCUCAUGUUUAUGGGAGUGGCGGCGUUGGCUGGACCUCCUUUUGCAGGUAAUCAUUCAUAUUACAUACAACGAAUUAUUUGAUAAACAACACAUUGCGUAAUAAUAUUUUCAGCUCUCCUCAAAAACAUGACGAAUAGUUUUAACAUGUCGUUCUAUGUAAUGGGUGCAUUGAUGACCUUAAGUGGUAUUAUCAGUCUGCCUCUUCGAAGAGUAAACAAAUGGGAGAUGAGGAAAAACGAGUCCAAGGCUGCUAAUCCAGUGGAGUUGCAGCCCCUGAAUAAGCAGACUUGA